CUUGCUGGGAGCGCAGGGCUAGGGGCGCCACUCGGCGGCUGGGGCGCGGCCUCCGCGGAGGGACCGGCGUGUCGCCUGGGCAGAUUUGAAUCCUCGAAAGUGGCAUAAAGAAUCAUAAGAAAAAGUGAGCAAGGAGAGAAGUGACAUACCCCAGGCCUGUGUUGGGUCUGUGAUGGAGCCAGGAUUAAGCUGUUGAUUCCCAUGGACAUCCAUUCUGCCAGUACAGUCCCAGUCUAUGCUGCAUAGCAUUUGCACAGGAUGAUGACGAUGAACAAGCAAGUCCUGCUUGGGAUUAUCAGUCAUGGCAAGAAGGGUCUUCAAACUUGCCUCAUUGACAGCAGCCACCACUAGCGUCUACCUGUAUGUCAACAAGUUCCUGGAUCCCAGUGAUUUUGGGAUUGUUCGUGUGAGCCGGGCCAUUGCCACGACAGCAAUUAUUAGCUAUGACUACCUCACCUCGCUUCGGAGUGUUCCAUAUGGAUCGGAGGAGUACGACUUCCUCAAGUCACAGGUGCACCUGCGCUCUGCUAAGCGCCUCCGGGAGCUGUGCUGUGCCAACCGAGGCACCUUCAUCAAGGUGGGGCAGCACCUGGGAGCACUCGACUACCUGCUGCCUGAAGAGUACACCUGCACCCUCAAAGUGCUGCACAGCCAAGCCCCACAGAGCACCAGGCAGGAGAUUGAGCAAGUCAUCCGUGAGGAUCUAGGCAAAGAGAUCAAAGAGCUCUUUGCAAGUUUUGAGGACACUCCCUUGGGAGCAGCAUCACUAGCCCAGGUUCACAAGGCAGUUCUGCAGGAUGGAAGAACAGUGGCAGUAAAAGUCCAGCACCCAAAGGUCCAAGCUCAGAGCUCCAAGGAUAUUUUGCUGAUGGAGGUUCUUCUCUUGGUUGUGAAACAGAUCUUUCCAGAUUUUGAGUUCAUGUGGCUGGUGGAAGAAGCUAAGAAGAACCUGCCUCUGGAGCUGGAUUUCCUCAAUGAGGGCAGAAAUGCUGAGAAGGUAGCCCAUAUGCUCAAGGACUUUGACUUCCUGAAGGUCCCCAGGAUCUACUGGGAGCUCUCAACAAGGCGCGUACUCCUCAUGGAGUUUAUGGAAGGGGGACAGGUGAACGAUAGGGCCUACAUGAAGAGGAAUGGCAUCAAUGUCAAUGAGAUCUCUCGCAAUCUGGGGAAGCUCUACAGUGAAAUGAUCUUUGUGAAUGGCUUUGUGCACUGUGACCCACACCCAGGCAAUGUGCUGGUGAAGAAGUGCCCAGCCUCUGGCAAGGCCCAUAUUAUCCUCCUGGACCAUGGCCUCUACCAGGUGCUGAGUGAGUCAUUCCGCAUGGACUACUGUCGUCUUUGGCAGGCCCUCAUUAAAGCUGAUAUGAAGAGGGUACAGAAGUACAGCCAGCAGCUCGGGGCAGGGGAUUUGUACCCUCUCUUUGCCUGCAUGCUCACUGCCAGGUCCUGGGAGUCUAUCAACAGGGGCAUUGACCAGUCGCCAGUUUCAGCCAGUGAGGACAUGGAAAUCCGGUCCAAUGCUGCUGCUUACCUACCCCAGAUCACUCAGCUCCUCAACAACAUCCCCCGCCAGAUGCUGCUGCUACUGAAGACCAAUGACUUGUUACGGGGGAUUGAGUCAGCCCUGCACACACGGGCCAGUGCCAGCUCCUUUCUCAACAUGUCUCGCUGCUGCAUCAGAGCUGUCUCCACGUAUCAGAGGAGCAAGAGUCACUCGCUUUACAGAAGGACCCAGAUCUCACUCACAGAAACCCUGAGCCUAUGGCAGAUCAACUUGUAUGAACUCUUCCUGUGGCUGAAGGGAUCCCAUCUGGGGAACUGGGUCAUUGCUCUCCUGAGCCGGAUACACCAUUCCACGUACUGAUGUGAACUGGUGGGAGAGGCCUGGGUGCUUACUCUCUCCUGCUCUCCAUGGCACAUUUGCCUUUCUGACUGUUUCUGUCUAUUCCAUGGGCUAUUUCUGUGUCUUGUUCCUUGUAACAUGCUGCACUGCUCCUGCCUGUUACAUCAUUAGCUUUCUCUGUAGCAGUGAGAGCUGGAGCUAGGUGCCAGGGCUCUGUGGGUUUUGUGCUUUAGGAAAGGGAAGGGGAAAUAUGGUAUGCUGGGAAGGGCAGGAGAUUUGAUGGCCUCUCUGUUCCCCAUCUGCAUAGGACCCUAGUAGCAAAUUUCAAUGGGACUGCACAGGAAACAAAAACCUUUCCUGAGUUUUUUUUUGAAUCAUCCUACAAAAUUUUAGAGAAUCACAGACUUGCCUAGAAUGCUCCAAAAUAUUUCACAGCCCCUCAAAAGGAGCUAAGUCCCUUUAAAAUCCAGUAGGGUUUGUGUUAGUAAUUUCAGAGUCUCUGUAGUCUGAUUUCUGUUCAAGUGUGCAGAGAGUUCCUCAAAGGGGAGUAUGACCUAGCAUAGAGCUGGCGCUAUCUGAUUCACUUCCAGCGCUGGGGCAAAGAGGAACCUAAUGGUGAGAGCUGUGGACUGGGAGCCUGGCGUUCUAGGUUCAUCUGCAGUCCUGUCAGCAAGUGCCUCUGUGGUUUUGGACUUUCCCUGGCCUGUUUCCUCACAAAUGAAAUGGAGGAAAGGACAGUGGUCCUACCUCUUAUCCAAAAUUCAGAGAAGGCAGGAGGAAUGCCAGCUUAGUGUUCUGAAGUUACUGAUAAUGUAUCUGUACUUUACAGUGCUGCCACACAGCAAAAUAAAUGUGUUGCAUCAAAGAGCUACAGGGGAGGGAUGCUGCAAGGUGAUAUUUUGGCCUCUAACCUCAGUCUCAUUUCCAUUUCUCCAAUGAGUGAGCAAUGUCAGGCAGUGCUGUUAACUCUUUACAAUCCAAAUGAAAUGCCACCUUAGUCCUUCCUCUGCUCAAGAGGUUUGUUCCACACUCAGAUCCUCCGGUGCUGUGUCAGGCAUGUUUUGGAAUGUGGUGAUGGAGCUGGUGUUAUUUUGCUGGGGUGAGGCACCGCUCCUUGCUACACAGAUCCAGUGCCGAGCCUGCCUCCUGCCUGCCUGCAGGAGCAUGCUGCAGCCCGUCCGUGAGACGUCACCAUCCCCAUGCUGUGCACUGAGCAUUUUGUCUCAUCACUGCCCAUGACAUUUCACUGCUUCUGCUUCAGAUGAAAACCUGCCACUUGCUCAGUGGUGCAAGUGACAGGUCUGAUGGCUCUGACUCUGCAGUACAUGGUGAGUGUCAGAAAGUCUCAUCCAGAGGCUUCCCUUUUGCCAGGCAUACCUCAGAUCUUAGGUGAUGUCCCAGCUCCUUGCGAGGAUUCCUAUAACCAGCAAGGGUGGAUGGAGGUAACUGCUCAGAUCAUUUCAGCCUUUCUCAGAAACUGUAGUGGUGAAUGGAGACUCUCAUGCUGGGCAUGAAGGAUAGGAUGGGAACUUGCCUUCACUUUCAGCAGGCUUAUUAAGCUGAGGGUCAUUAGUGCCUGAGUGUAAGCCAUGAGAAUGCAUUUUCCCAGUUUGCCCAGAAGUGUGAACCCACCUUGGAGAGUCUGUAUUUGCAUAGGAAGAGAGGCAGGACAUAGAAGUGUGGGUGAGUGCAUGUGUCAGUCCUUCAUGAUGAGCUGAUUCUCUUUCUGGCUCUUUGUGUGGGAAAGAAAGGAUGUAAUCCAGAAAAAUACAUGACUGCCAGUGUCAUUGGAUAUGAAUGAGUCAGUGAUUCCAGAAGUGUCCUUGCUUGUGGCAGGGAUUCCAUAUGUGUGUGCACAGCCCUGUGGCUUAGGACUGCCUAGAAAGGGUGGCUAAUUGGUGGAGCUGUUGAUGGAGAACUACUGAACAUGAGUAUUUGGUGUCCUGCGCAGACCAACUCCCUAACACCAGCAUUAGCUUUCUGAGCCCUUUCUGUAAUGGGGGCAGAACCUGAAACAAUGCCCUCUCCUGUCUUUGUUAAGAGCAAAAUAAGCCCAGGUAAGACCACAUGUCUUGGCAGAGCCUGUCCCCAACCAGUGCAAAGACAGGUCAGCGAUUCCCCCUCUCCCCCAUCCCUCCCCAUUUCUGGGCUGUGUGAGAGCAUCUGGAAAUGGAGUGGGAUUAAUUGCAGUGGUGACAAGGAAUCACAGGGACCCUGGGAUACUGGUCCUACAGCCUAUAUAUGAGUAGUCUUUGCUCAUAUGAGCGGUCUCACUGAAUCAGUGCCUUGCUUAGCCAAUUACAACCUGUAGGCUAGCUGCUAGGGGUGGACCUGUCUCAUUCUCUCCACAGGUAGAGAGAUCUGCUUGUAAGGUGGCUAGGUGCACACAGUGAAGUCCAGGAGACCCUCUAGCAAUGGUCACCGACUGCAUGAACCCUUGUAGCUGCCCCUACAGAUGCCUUUGUGGUUUCCUGCAGACACAUCUGGACAGACUGUCUGGAGCACUGUCUGGGUCUCUCAAACAGUUGUGCGUGAAAGCUUAUCUCUCAACAUCUACUCAUACUGCCUAAUUUCCAGAGGAUCCUGUGUGGUGAAGAGGUUCCCCAAAACUGAUGUUUGCAUUAACCACUGAUUUUAUUGCCUGUGGCCUGCUCUUAGACAAGCCUGUGCUUUCACACCACCUAAAACCAGCCAUGCGAUUGCUAAUCACGCUGCCUGAGAAAGAUGCUAACACUGACCAUCAUAGAAGGGAACUAACUAACAGCCCAUCUGACUGUCAUUUUUGGCAUCAUGCAGCAGAUAGAGAGCAGGGUGUGUUUGAAGGAGCUUUGUCUAUUAGCAUUAGACUCAGUCAGAUGACUGUGUGCUUCAGUAUUAGCAGUGGGACUCUUCAGCCAGUUUUGCUGAGCCAUCACCCUUCCCAUAGCCAAUUGAUGAGGGUUUGCCUGAGGAAAGAACAAGCAAACACCUGGAGUUUAAUCCUUUAACAUUUCUGCCUUGUCUUUUUGCUGAAAGCUCUCAAAGGUGAAUGUGUUAAAAGGGUUUUGAAAAGA